CAGGAAUUGGGCAGUGCUAGUGCUCUUCGACGCCGGCGUGACGCAGAGUGAGUAACAUGGGGAGCCGGGGACGAAGAGAAAAUUCCCUUUUGUGCCUUGUUUCGUUCGUGCUUUUCUCUGCCUCCUGACCUCUAGGAUGACUUAACACCAAUGAGCAGGCACUUGGAGGUGAUCUUGAGGGGUAGAGGCAUCCCUUCUAUCUUGAAGACAUCCUUCCCCCGCACCCCCUCGAGCAACACCCUGAAUAAACUCCUCGGCACCGACGGCGGCCGCAAAACGAGAUCGGCCUGGCGCCUGCGAUAUACCGGCCCAACCAUCUUUCGGGGGCAGUCCAUAUUCCUGCUCACCUCGCGCGAGACUCGGCAGCCGUGGCAGGAGGACCACCUGAGCCCCAACAACCCCAGCAGCCCAGCCGAGCCCGUCGAGGUUGAUCCGCGCAACAUGUUCGUCAGCACCACCCUCGUCAGCACGCCCAGUGCCGAUAUGUGCGGCAGCUCGGUGCUGCUGCACUUCGAGAACCGCCGGUACCUCAUCGGCAACGUCUCCGAGGGCACCCAGCGCCUCAUGGUCCAGCGCGGCCACUCGUUGGCCAAGAUGGACGAGAUCAUGAUCACCGGCACCAUCGGCACCAAGAGCUGCGGCGGCCUCCUCGGCAUGAUCCUCACCAUCGCCGGCAUCGUCGACACCACCAUGAAGAACCGCAACUACACCACGGCCCGCCCGACCGCCCGCAUCGGCACCAUGACCAGCCUGAAGCUGCGCGGCAGCGACAACCUCGUCUACUACCUCGCCCUGGGCCGCAAGUUCAUCCUGCGCCAGUCCCUGCCCGUCGUGCCUCGCGAGAUCCUGACGGACCCCCGGCUCGACGACCCCACCAACCCCGAGUGCGACUGGGAGGACGACAACAUCAAGGUCUGGCACGUCCCGCUCGUCAACGUCACCUCGGACCGCCGCAAGAGGAGGAAGCCGAGCGCCGAGGCCUCCCCCGCCGACGCCAACGCCAACGAGCUCGAGCCCGAGGAGGGUAUGACGGACUCCGCGAGGGACGCCCUCGCGGCCAUCGUCAAGGACAUGUUUGAAAGCCAGGGUAUGGACGCCCUGGUCGAGACAAUGCUGCAUGACGUGAGGCUCCCCGCCACCGUCUUUGUGCGCGGCGGCGACGGCCGCCUGGAGCGGUAUAACGGCCCGUUCCCCGGCCCUGGCCGGGAGGAGGUGCCCAACAUCCCCGUGCUGGCGCGCAGGCGCUGGCCCACUGGGCUUGUGCAGAACCUCCCAAGGACGCGCCAAAACUACACCUCCAUGUGCUACAUCGUCAAGCCCCAGUCGCGCCGCGGCAAGUUCGACCGCGCCACCGCCGACAAGCUCGGCGUCCCCCAGACCAGCUUCAAGCUGCUCUGCUUGGGUCAGAACGCCACGGCCAAGGACGGCACCACUGUCACCCCCGACAUGGUAUUGGGUGCGCCCAUCGAGGGCACAGCCUUUGGAGUCUUUGAGGUGCCAAACAAGACGUACAUCCCCGCACUUGUCGCGAGGCCAGAGUGGAAUAUCGAGGAAAUCGCUAAAAGCCUAGGCCUCAUCUAUUGGAAUCUCGGCGAGGGUGUUGCCGAGGACCCCGUGUUUCUGUCAUUCCUCAAGGACAAGCUCCCGGGGGUGAAGCACAUCGUCUCCUCGCCCGAGGUCUCGUCCGACAUUGUGAACUUUAGGAACUCUGCGUCCAUGGCUGUCACACAUAACAAGUUGGACCCAACAGCCUUCCCACCCAUUCACCUGGCCCAGCCCUCGACGGAAACCGCUCCCGAGCUGCCCUACGUGGCCGGCAAGCCUGGCGUCACGAUAAGGCUGACGUCUGAGCUGCAGGUGGACGACAACGGCGUGGGCCCGAUGGACACCGAAGAGGCUUGGAGCCGGCUCCAGCAGGACGGGACCUCCAAGGAGGUGCUCGUCAAGGUGGCCGAGCGCCGCGUUCUCGUCGACUCGCCCGAGUUCGAGGCCAGGGCGCUCGAGGCGGACUCGGACCUGACGACGGACCUGCUCCGCAACGUCGAGGUGGUGUCGCUGGGCACGGGCUCGUCGUACCCGUCGCUCUACCGCAACGUGUCGGGGACGCUGCUGCGCGUGCCCGGCCGGGGGUCGUACAUCUUCGACUGCGGCGAGAACACCAUGGGCCAGAUCAGGCGCCAGUACGGGCCCGAGGGCGCCGCCGAGGUGCUGCGCGACCUGCGCGCCGUCUUCGUCAGCCACGUGCACGCCGACCACCACAUGGGCCUCAUCGCCAUCAUCCAGGCCUGGAACCGCGCCACCCAGACGCCCGAGCACCUGCGCGCGCGCGCCGAGGGCGCCGACUUCCGCCUGCAGACGCCGAGGCUCGCCAUAGUGGCCACCACCAACAUGCUCGAGUUCGUGCGCCAGCACGGCGCCGUCGAGUGGGUCAGCUCCCGCGUCAACACCAUCGACAUCCGCAUGCCGGCCACCAACCUCGCCGUCAGCCGCGCGUGCCCGCCCCGCGUCUUCUCCGGGCACGAGGCCGAGGCGCUGGGCGGGCUCACGAGCGUCGAGUGCGUCGCCGUCGACCACUGCGCGCACGCGCUCGCCACCACCUUCACGUGGGAGGGGCUCGGCCUCCGCGUGUCGUACUCGGGCGACUGCCGCCCCUCGCCCGAGUUCGCGCGCAUCGGCCGCGGGUCCAACCUGCUCAUCCACGAGGCCACCUUCGAGGACGACAUGGCGGGCGACGCGCUCGCGAAGAAGCACUCCACCAUGGGCGAGGCGCUCGAGGUGGCGCGCGAGAUGGGCGCCCGCCGCGUCCUGCUCACCCACUUCUCGCAGCGCUACCCCAAGGUCGCCAACCUGCAGAUGUACAAGCAGAGGCUGGAGGAGAAGGCGCGCGGCAGCGAGGCGGAGGCGGAGGCGGAGGCGCCGUCGGCCGAGGAGGUCAUCACCGCUUCCAGCGAGGGUGGCGGGAGCAACGAGCAGCUGGUGGCGGCCGAGGAUCCAAGCGCCGCCGUCGACGGCCCGGAGGAGAAGCCCCGGCGGGACGGCGGCGCCACCAUCGACGACAUGCCGGUCCUCCUGGCCUUUGACCACAUGAGCGUCAAGCUGAGCCGGUUCCGGCACGCCGAGAGGUUCCUGCCGCAGUUCCGCGAGCUGUACCAGGACCCGAGCCUCAUCAGCGGCCCGCCCAGCAGCGUCAGCAACGCCUUCGAGAUGGGCCUGCUGCUCGACGAGGACGACGGCGUGACGCCCGUCGACAAGUACCACGCCGACAAGGCGAGGGCCGCCGCCGCCGCCGCCAGGAAGGCCGCCGCCCGCGAAAACCGCCAGAACCAGAAGAGGGCGGCGGCCAAGAUGAAGAAGAGCGCCGAACACGGGGCCGCCGCCGCCGCUCCCGCUGCUUUCGUCGCUGCUGCCGGCGAGGGUGGUGAGGAUGAUGGUUUUUUCACCCGCCCCAGCGGCGGCUCGAGCCCGCGCAAGAGGAAGAUAGAGAACCAGGAGGCGGCAUCAUUCUAGGCAGCCCUGGCGAUCGCUUACUUGUUUGCUUGCCCCGUCCGUGAUGAGGCCCACCCCACUCUUGGAAGCAACCCGCAAAUAACCGCGCGGAACCAGCCUUAUACGAGAAGAAUCACAAUGGCGGUUAUACGGCUUCGGGGACGUCAUGUUUCCCAGGUUGCGGACAGAGCCUGAGCAGGCGCCGCUGUCGUGUAAGCCUAUCAGACUGCAACGCCGCCGCCAGCCGAAGUGUUUCCGAACGUGCUUGUCUUCUAGCCCUUUAUGGCGGCCUUUGAAAAGUGCCGUGGUCACAAGGUCUCAAUGACUGUGCAAACCUAUAUAUACCUUUAUUCACGUUGUAUCAUAGAUAGAGGGUCGGUAAAUAUAGACAUGGCUAUGCCAGGUUAUGGAGUCCGAGGGGUUCUUCUUGGUGUUGCUUUCUGUCCGAUGUUAGCCCUAGGGGGUUAAAAAUAAAUUCAUUGACGUCUCUUCUCA